GUAAGUAUUCAAUAUAAGAUGAACAACCUUCGGCAAAAACUUCGGUUUGCUGGCUGUGCAGAAGUGCAGGUAAAUGCUUACAAAAGAGGAUUUGGUUCUCCCAGAGGUUGCCUUAAGAAACCUCGUAAAUCUGAGGUAAAUUUCUUGCCAAAUCACCCUGGUAGUCAAAAAGAUGAAGAUCUUGAAACAGAGAGGCAGCAGCUUGAGGAUGAAGUGAAGAAGAAAAAUAUGAACCUGGACCUAAUCAACACCAAAAUGGACCUCACUUUUUCCCUGAGAAGAAAGGAGAUUGUCAUGGAUGAACCGCUGGUCUCUGUAGUCCAACAGAGAUGGCCAGGCCUUUUCAUAGAGCAACAGACUAUGGAUGUUACCACACACAAGAGGGCAACGGUUCUACAAGGACUACCUCUGUACUUAAGAGAAUACAAGAAGUUAUCAACAACAUGUCAUGAUACAGACUCCCUUCAAAUAUAUACAAAUGAAAUGAAGAUAGGAAUAUUAGAGGUUGUGAGGCACCAUGAGACCCAUCCUGGAGCUGCGGCAAUGAAUGUGGCUGUGGUAAUAGAAGGUCAAGUAGUAAUUGAAGAGCUUGCCGACUUCACAACUGCAUUUGUCAUACUUGUUGGUCUUCUGUAUGCUCUAAACAUUCAGUACCCAAAAGAACUUAAAUACACUUUUGAAACAGUGCAGAAGGUGUUUCUAAAUAUUGGAGACUCAUACUCACAUAGAGUACUGUCACUCAAAAAUAUGCUGUAUAAAUGUUAGACAAAUGUGUCUCAGAUCUGCAGAAUAGGAUGUGCUUGUCUUUUGAUUUUAGAUUAACAUUGCGAUAGCUACUUUUCUUUGUGUGAAAUUCUUUUUCA